AUGCUUUGGAACCAACUCAAACUUAGUCAAUGGAAUAAUCAUUUUAUUAAAUCAAGAAAACAAUUUUUUGAAGAUAUUAAGAAUAAAAAAUUAAGUAAACAUAUGCAAAAUACAAUUGCAGUUAUUGUUGAUCAUUUAUUAGGAAUAAGUUUAUUUAUAAUAUUGUAUAAAGUAGAUAUAUUUUCAUAUGUAUUUCCAUUAUUAUUUCGUUUAAUUAAUUUUAUAGAACAUAGUGUUAAAUGGUUUAUAACUAAUCCUGGUGGAUUUAAAUUUAAUAUUAACUUUAACUAUUUCUUAUCAUCAUUAUCAUUAUUCUUCCUUCAUUUUUGGAGAAGUUGUUUAAUAUUUAUUGUUUUACCUUCAUUUUAUAUAUUUAAAAUUAUUACAUUUGCAUCUCUUAUAACAGGAAUAACAGGAAUUCUUUCUUUUUUUAAUGACACUUUGGUAUUAAUUUUUUUACCAAUAGAGUUAUUAUCAGUAUUUUUUAGUGGGUUGGAACAAACUCAUCUGUCUUUAAUAGUUUCUUUGUUUAGAUUAUUUAUGGGAACAAAAUAUAAUCCUUUACGUAAAAGAGUUGAUACAUUAGUUUAUGAACAAGACAAUUUCUUAUUAGGUACAAUUCUCUUUGCUUUAUUAGUCUUUUUAUUACCAACAUCAAUUAUUUAUUAUUUAUAUUUUACUUUUGUAUUAAUGAUAGUUCAAUUAUUUAAAAAAAUACUUUCUGUAUUAAUUGUUCUUAUAGUGGAAUUCCCAAUUGAUGAUAUCAUUGCUUCUUAUAAUCAACCAUUCUUUAAUACUCAACCUCAUCUCAACUCAAAUGAAUUAAAAUUAAAUACUAAUGGAGAAAUUAAUUUUGAUACUUGUUGUAAGAAAUAUAUUACUCGAUUUAAUAAAACAUUUUACAUUUCUUCAGAUAUGUUUAGUCAUUACAAACAAUCUAUUAUUAAUGCUUUUAAUGAAUCAGAAAAUGAUUGA